AUGGACCUUGUGAAGUGGGUUACUUGUAUUACUCAUGCUCUUGCGCGAUAUGUACUAUGCGACGAUCACAUGAUUUUGACUGUUCGAAAGAAUCCUGGAGAACUAGUGGGAUCAGUGUGUCUGGAUAAUGGACACCCUCGAGUGACCGAGUACAGCGAACUGGGUGCUGAAUUGGCGGAAAAGAAAACGCCCGAUGGACGUCUGCUCUUCUGUGCGGGAUCCAUCGCCAACCAUGUCUUCUCCCUAGAUUUCCUGGAAAGCUUUUGUGAAUGGUCUUUCCAUCUACCGUAUCAUCGAGCCGCGAAGAAAAUUGCUCAUAUGACCCCAGAUGGGACGUUUGUGAAGCCUACAAGUCCGAACGGUAUAAAACUAGAGCAGUUUGUAUUCGACGUUUUCGAAAAGAGCAGAAACUUCUACAUCUGGGAAGUUGAGCGUGAGGACGAAUUCAGCCCAUUGAAAAACGCCGAGUCUGUUGGCAAAGAGUGCCUGAGUACUUGUAAGAGGGAUUUGGCUUCUGUAAAUAGGAAAUGGCUGGAGACGGCUGGUGCCAUUAUCAAGGACGACGGUCCCGUUUAUAUUGACGCGUCAGCCAGUUACUGUGGCGAGGGCAAUCCAACCUAA